AUAAUCAUAAUGAAAUUAUUAUAAUAAUUAUAUUUUUAAUUUUAUUACUUUUCACAAUCUUUUAUAUAACUUACUUCAUUCUAUAUGAUAACAAAAAUUUACACUUCUCGGAUUUCAUUAGUAAUCGAUGAAGAUAUAUAUUAUAACGUGAAAGUAUCAAUUACGAUCAAUCAUUAGCGAUAAGUAUAUUCAAUACCCGGAGAAAUUUUAUUGGCGCGUGCUUAUUCCAUGAAACUACUAAGAAGCUAACGGUGACUUCAUCAGGAAAUUAUUACUCGAACUAUCAUUGGGUAUUUAUGCUUAUAUGUAUAAAAGAUAGAAUCUAUGGGGAUUAUUAAAAAUUUUUCAUAUAAAUGAACUGUUCAUAUUAUUAUGAGCUGUACUUACUUAAAACUCAAUUAGUAAGCGGUAUUGGUGGCCCAAAUUCGUUCUUGAUCAUUUUCUCGUUCACCGAUGAGAUCGACGGGUUUUGGCGUCUCAGACCAACCAGAACAGGGCCGUUGGAACCGUUUGACCGUCAGAGAAAGUUUCCAAUGCCAAGGCUAAAACGCGGUCAGGGCAUCGUGAAAUUUCACAAAUUGCCUCUGCCUCUGAAUCUUGAACGCGAUGAAACGCGUCUCUUCCGGUCAAUGAUCUAUUACAAAAUGUUUUGCUAUGCAGUAAUCUGAAUUUACAAAUAUUUCAUGAAUGUCAAAGAAAAUAAUAAUGGAUUAAAAUAGUUGUAUUUUAAUUUUUUAAUAAAAGAAAAUUAUUUCGCUAAAUUUUUU